CAGCAUGGAGGACGAAGCGCUCGGCUUCGAGCACAUGGGCUUGGACCCGCGGCUCCUCCAGGCCAUCACGGAGCUGGGCUGGUCCCGGCCCACGCUGAUCCAGGAGAAGGCCAUCCCACUGGCCCUGGAGGGCAAGGACCUGCUGGCCCGGGCCCGCACCGGCUCCGGGAAGACGGCGGCCUAUGCCGUGCCCCUGCUCCAGCACCUACUGCACCGGAAAGAGACGGGCCCCGUGGUGGAGCAGGCGGUGCGGGGACUCGUGCUGGUGCCCACCAAGGAGCUGGCCCGGCAGGCCCAGACCAUGAUCCGGCAGCUGGCGGCCUACUGUGCCCGCGACGUGCGGGUGGUCGACGUGUCCGCCGCCGAGGACUCCGCGGCCCAGAAGGCCCUGCUGAUGGAGAAGCCGGACGUGGUGGUGGGGACCCCGUCGCGGGUGCACAGCCACCUACAGCAGGGUGGCCUGCACCUGCGGGACUCCCUGGAGCUGCUGGUGAUGGACGAGGCCGACCUGCUCUUCUCCUUCGGCUUUGAGGAGGAACUCAAGAGUCUGCUCUGCCACCUGCCACGAAUCUACCAAGCCUUCCUCAUGUCGGCCACCUUCAAUGAGGACGUGCAGGCCCUCAAGGAGCUGGUCCUGCACAACCCGGUGACGCUGAAGCUGCAGGAGUCGCAGCUGCCAGGCCCAGAGCGUUUGCAGCAGUUCCAGGUGCUCUGCGAGGCGGAGGAGGACAAGUUUCUUCUGCUGUACGCUCUGCUUAAACUGACGCUGCUGCGGGGGAAGUCGCUGCUGUUCGUCAACACCGUGGAACGGGGCUACCGCCUCCGCCUUUUCCUUGAGCAGUUCAGCAUCCCUGCCUGCGUGCUCAACGGCGAACUGCCUCUGCGGUCUAGGUGCCACAUCAUCUCCCAGUUCAACCAGGGGUUCUACGAUUGCAUCAUUGCGACAGAUGGGGCGAUUCGCCGCGAGCGAGCCCCCAGAGGAGAAAGGGCUGCGGACCCGGAGGCGGGGGUGGCCCGCGGCAUCGACUUCCACAAUGUGGCGGCCGUGCUCAACUUCGACCUGCCGCCCUCCCCCGAGGCCUACGUGCACCGAGCGGGCAGGACGGCACGCGCCGGGAACCCGGGCACCACCUUGACCUUCGUGCUGCCAGCAGAGCGCCCGCAGCUGGCACGGAUCGUGGAGGCUCUCGGCGGAGAGAGCGCGGAGCCCAUCCUGCAAAACUACCAGUUCCGCAUGGAGGAGAUCGAGGGAUUCCGCUACCGCUGCCGGGACGCCAUGCGUUCCGUGACGAAGCAGGCCAUCCGUGAAGCUCGGUUGAAGGAGAUCAAAGAGGAGCUGCUCCACUCAGAGAAACUCAAGACGUACUUUGAAGACAACCCACGGGACCUGCAGCUUCUGCGCCACGAUCAGCCCCUGCACCCAGCUGUGGUGAAGCCGCACCUCAGCCAUGUCCCCGACUACCUGAUCCCCCCGACAUUGCGUGGCAUCGCCCGCCCCCACGGCAAGCGGAAACGCAAGAGGCCCGUGCCCUCCCAGAAGGGCUCCAAGACUCACAGGCCCAAGAACCCUCUCCGCACCUUCAAGUAUACCGGAAAGAAAUCCUCCGCAGCCAAACCUUCCUGAGCCCCCAGGCCCACUGGCCCGGCCGGGAGGACUGUCACCGGAACCCGGGCCAGACCAGGGGCGGGCAGAGGGACGCCGGGCGCCGACCCUCCCCGGGGCACUGUGGAACAGGGCCUGCUGCUGCCACCGC